AUGGACGCCGAGUCCACGCGCAGCAAGUCCUGCUCAGACAAGCUUGCAUUACGGCAAGUUUCCUCAUUGUUGUCCUGUGAGACCAGUCGCCUCGUCGCUCCCACCGAAAACGCCUAUCUGGCGGGUUUGAUUCUCCCCGAGGACGAAAUCAGUCAAGUUGGCUGUGACCGCUCCUUUGGCGAGAAUGGCCGAAUGCAAGCUUUGAGUGGGCGAUAUUGGCCUAGGGAGACAAAGUUGAAUGAGAAGACACCAGGGUAUCGAUUCCGGCCAUUCCAGGUUCUUUCGGUGCCGAGUGAAGAGUUGGCAGCGCUUUGGCCUUUUGCGAAGCCAAAAUCUGUGCCUUGUCCUGCAAUUUCUUUGGAGCAGGAAAGAGAUUCUUUAACAUCUGGUGCAAAACCUAAAAAGGCCAGGCCAGGGAAUGUGAGCGCCGUUUGGAUAUUGGCUCCCUCGUAUAAUUAUCCAUCGGCAAUGACCAUGGAUACCGGCAGCAAGUCAGUGCCAACCCUUUGUCAUUCCAAAACCGGCUUAUAUGAGACUAUCAUCAACGGAGUGAAGCAAGGAAACCGGGCAUCUUCACCCGGUGCCCGUGGGGCCUCGUCUCUAUCCCGAGCUAAGCUUUGGGCUCUUUUUCGUAAAAUCACGCCUGCCUCGGUUCCACACACCUAUCAAACCGAUGUCUCCCCAUCCGGACCGCUGUCGGAUGCCAUAGAGGCUGAAGAUUUGCCCAUCAAUACACUUCAGCCUCACAUGCCAGAUAUAACCACCUACCAGGAUUUCAAAAAUCCUAGCAACUUGGAAGACCCGUUGCAAAUCCGUAAUCAGGCCAUCGGAGAUGCGAAACUGGUUCUCAAGGGAUGGAUGGCCAAUACAGGAGAUGAAUCGUGGGGCUUGGAUGUUUUGGUUGACCCCAAAAAGCGAAAGCGUUGA